AUGGCAACAGGAACAAAUCAAAUAAAACGACCAGGACUUGUUGGUGGUGCCAAGAAACGAACGACUGGUUCUCGACCUGAAUUAACCGAAGAACAAAAAACAGAAAUUCGUGAAGCUUUUGAUCUAUUUGAUGCUGAUGGUUCGGGAACUAUCGAUGUCAAAGAACUUAAAGUAGCCAUGCGGGCAUUAGGUUUCGAACCUAAAAAGGAAGAAAUUAAAAAAAUGAUAUCUGAUAUACAAAAAGAGAAUGCUGGUACAAUUGAUUUUAAUGAUUUUCUUCAAUUAAUGUCGCAAAAAAUGGCUGAAAAAGAUUCGAAAGAAGAAAUACUCAAAGCUUUUCGACUUUUUGAUGAUGAUAAUACAGGAAAAAUCUCAUUUAAAAAUUUAAAACGUGUUGCAAAAGAAUUAGGAGAAAAUUUAACUGAUGAAGAAUUACAAGAAAUGAUCAAUGAAGCAGAUCGAGAUGGUGAUGACGAAAUCAAUGAACAAGAAUUUUUACGAAUUAUGAAGAAAACAUCACUAUAUUGA